UGUUACUAUAUUGACAACUUUGGAGUUCUUAAUUUGUAUUUGAAGCACCUGAAGGAGUUUCAGAGGAGUCUGAAAAGUCGGGAGUUGGCGAAUUCGUUUCCAUACCAAGUCCUAAUUUCCAUUAUUUGUAAACAAGUCACAACGAACGUUUUGAAUUUAUUAUCAGACCCGGACGUUAUCAAUUAUUAUAUUUUAAGAAGUUGCGCUCCUGAUAGUAGUAAGUUUAAUGAUUUUAAUCGAGUGAAAAUUAUGCAAAAUACCAAAACUCCAUCAAUACAACUGAUACAAACCCAAAGACUUGAAGGAGGAAACCCGAAACUUGAAUACGAAAAAGUUACUAAUUUCACAAGGACUAGAAGAAAACACCGAAGAUUUACAGAAUCCAGUUUAGCAACACCGUCAUUGGCUGAUAUUUUAGAUAAAAUUUUACUCGAAGAUGACGAACCCCAGGAUCGAAUGUCGAGUAUUUUAGAAACGUGUGCUAAAGCUGUAAUGAGAGUCAUUGAUAAAAUCACAAUUGCACUUUCAGAGAAUUGCCCAGAGGAUGAAACAUUUGAUGGAUCAAAGAGGUGGUGGUUUAAACAGGAGAAAGCGAAAAACAGCGAUUUCUACGAACGUAUGACUAAAUUUCUCGAAAAAAAGAAUUUUUCUUACGAAACAGGCGAUUUCUUUGAAUACCUUCAACAAAAUGACAAACAUCUUCGAUUUGACGAUGAGUUCGGCGAUUUUGCGAUUACUAAAAUACUUUUCGAAAUUUUUUGCGAGCUUUUGGUAGAUGAUAAAGAAACGUCUUUGACUAAAGAACCAGUCAUUCAAUCUAUUUUAUUACUUUUCGGAAAUUGUAUUGAAAAAAAUGUUGUCACUCAGGCGAAUUAUUAUCUACGGUAUUGUUGUGCCAAUGCUAAAAUACCUUCAGAGGGUAAAAUUGAGACGCUUUCUAUGGAACUUGAAGAAUUUGUUUCUGUUGUUUUAACCGGCAUUCCAGAUUCUGUUAAAAGUCUGGUAGGGGAAAACACUUUAAAAGGUGCUAUCAGUUUGUUUGUUUCUUCGUUGCAAAUCCAGGAGAUCAAUCAGGAUAUCAUAUUGCAAAUUUUUGAAAUAUUUUGUUUCAAACUAUUUGAAGCAGUAAUCAGCUAACGCCAAUGAUUUCAGCUUAAUGUUAAUGUCUUUAAUGUUGUUACACUUUUUUAACAAAGAAAAAUACGAUUAAUACAAAUUUA